AUGCCGAUAGAUGUCCAAAGGUUAGACAGCUUUAGCAUCGGUGAUGAUCCUAAAUCAGUGGGUACAAGAUGGAAAAAGUGGAUAGGCAGCUUCCAAAUUUAUUUAGAAGCACUAGGGAAAAUAAACGAAAAGCAGCAGAAGGCUUUGUUACUUCAUACUGCAGGUUUAGAAGUUCAGGAAGUAUUCAAUACUUUGAAUUUAACAGGUGAUUCAUUGCAGGACGCAAUUGAAGGGCUCACAAAUUAUUUUGCUCCUCUAGCAAAUAAAUACUUUGAACGUUAUCAGUUCAUAGAAGCAUCACAGGAAUCAGAUGCACAAGAACGUCUUAUGGCUCAGAUAGAAAUAAAUGGGAAACUCACACCCAUGCAAAUAGACACAGCUGCAGAUGUGACAAUAAUUUCUGAAAGAGUAGCACAAACGAUACCUAACCUAGUGAUAAGACCUUCAGACAAAGUGCUCAAAAGUUAUAAUGGUACAAACAUAAAAGUAGUUGGUUCUUCACAAGUGAAAGUUCAGUACAAAGAUCAAGAGAUAGAUUACAAAGAAGUAUUUGAAGACAGAGUAGGAACAGUAAAGAAUGCACAAGCAGUCUUAGUUUUAAAGGAGAAUGCUACUCCUAGAUUUUCUGCUCCAAGACCAGUUCCAUAUGCAUUGAAAACAGCUGUGGAAACUGAAAUUAGAAGGUUAGAAAGUGAAGGUUCAUGGGAAAAGGUAGAUUAUUCAGAUUGGUCUACACCAUUAGUUCCAAUUGUUAAGGAAAACGGUCAAGUUAGGUUAUGUGGAGAUUACAAGGUGACAUUAAAUCCACAAUUGCAAGUAGCACAACAUCCAUUGCCAAAUCCUAAAGAUAUGUUCGCAACUUUGUCAGGAUGCUCAGUAUUUUCUAAGAUAGAUCUUAGACAAGCAUUUCAACAGCUAUCCAUGGAUGAAAAUUCCCAAAAGCUAUGUACUGUAAACACACAUUUAGGGCUGUAUCGUCCAAAAAGACUUCCCUAUGGUGUUGCUAGCAGUCCAGCAAUAUGGCAGCAAACAAUGGACAAAAUAUUUGCAGGUAUGUCAGGAGUAUUCAUUUUCAUUGAUGACAUAUUAGUAGCUGGCAAAAACAAAAAAGAGCAUAGAGAAAGGUUAUGUGCAGUUCUAAAGAAACUAAAAGAACACAAUAUCAAGGUCAACCAGAGUAAAUGUAUUUUAGAAGUUGACUCGGUAGAGUAUUUAGGCUUUAUUGUAAAUGGUAAAGGUAUUCAUAAGACUCAAGAUAAGGUAAAUGCAGUGCGGUCAGCAAAGUUACCAGAAAAUGUCAAGGAAUUGCAAUCAUUUUUAGGUUUAGUAACAUUCUAUGGUAGUUUCAUUCAAAACUUAGCAACAAUUGCACACCCAUUAUACAAUUUGCUGAACAAAGAUGUAAAAUGGAAUUGGACAAAGGAAUGUCAAAAUUCUUUUGAAAGAAUCAAAGCAGAAGUGACAUCACCCACAUUCUUAGUACAUUAUCAAAUGGAUUUGCCAGUAAAGUUGGUUUGUGACGCCUCAAACAUAGGAUUAGGUGCAGUACUAGCACAUGUAAUGCCAGAUGGUACAGAAAAACCAAUAGCUUUUGCCUCUAGGGUAUUGAACAAAGCAGAGAGAAACUAUUCACAAAUAGAAAAGGAAGCAUUAGCACUAGUGUAUGGAGUGAAAAAGUUCCAUAUGUAUCUGUAUGGCAGGAAAAGGUUCACAUUAGUUACAGACCACAAACCAUUAUUGAUGAUUUUAGGUCCAAAGGCAAGUUUACCGACGUUAGUAGCUGCAAGACUACAACGUUGGGCAAUCAUAUUAGCGGCAUAUGAUUACAACAUAGAAUAUAGACCAACAUCUAAGAUGGGUAAUGCAGACGCUUUGUCGAGAUUGCCUGUAGACAAAGCACCAGAACAAUAUGAGGAAAGUAUUCUUUUGAUUUCUGCAUAUAAUUUACCUAUUACAGCUAAGGAAAUAGCACAAGGUACAAAGAAAGACCCAGUACUUUCAAAAGUAGUGCAGAGUCUAAUAACUGGCAGAGAUAUUUGUGCAGAAGAUGCCAAUUGUAAACCAUACAAAGAAAUUUGGAAUGAAUUGAGUGUAACACAAGAAUGUAUUUUGAGAGGAUCAAGAGUAGUGAUUCCAAAUGCAUUAAGAAAUAGAGUUCUAUCAGAAAUACAUGCAGACCACCAAGGUAUUGUCAGAUCAAAGUCAAUUGCUAGAACUUAUGUUUGGUGGCCAGGUGUUGAUAGGGACAUUGAAAAUUUGGUUAAGAAGUGUUAUGUCAUGGUAAGGUCAUACAACACACCAGAAAAAUGGGUACAAGGAGAAAUUGUCAGGAAGAUAGGUAAUUUACAUUAUGAUGUUAAUGUCGGUGGAAAGAUUGUAAAACGUCAUGUUGAUCAGUUGCAGUCAUUUGGUACAAAUCAUACAGAAGUACAAGUUUCAAAUACCUCAGACUUAAAUAACUCAGAUGUGCAAACUGCUCACCAAGAUGUUCAAAAUCAUGCAACAGCUCAGAACACACCUAUAGUACUCCCUAACAGAAUGAGUAGAGGAAAACCUCCUGAAAGAUUUAGAUUUGUAAAUAUAGCCAACGUCCUUGUGGAUGUUUCCGACUAUGGCACCCAUGCAGUACAAGCAGGGGCAACUUCACGAGUUCGAAGAUCAAGGAGGUUAGCGCAACUGCCUGUUGAAUUCGGAAUAGCGUAA